AAGAAAAUAUUAUAAUAUAAUAAGACGCAUAUCAACUGUAUAUAACACGAAGUUUUAAAACUAGACAUCUAGUGAGUGAACGUUCCAGCUAUAGUGCACUAUAAUAUUUUGAUUCAGGAAGUCGUAUUUGAACUGAUUACCAUUGUAUACCUAUAUUUUGUAUCUACAUUUUUUAAUAAUGGGGCUUUUGAAAAUUGCUCUUGUAUUGAUGGUUAGCUGUUCAUCUCUGUACUCUGUGAAGUGUCAUUCAUAUCAUUUCGGCCAAUGUCCAACUCUUGAACCAAUGGCUGAUUUUUCAAUGGAUAAGCUUUUAGGAAAAUGGUAUGCAAUACAAAAAACAUCAACGUCAAGUCGGUGUCUUGAAUACAACUUUGUAAAAACAGACGAGCCCUACUCAUACAAAUUAGAUCAAACAAGUGAAAAUUCAGUAAUAAAUGUGGCGAAAUCCAAUAAUUACCACUAUAUUGGAAAUCUAAAAGCGGAUCCUAACUUACCUUCAAGAAUGAUAGCUAAUUUUCCAUUAAGUGUUGCAGGUAAAGCAUCGUUUAUAGUUUUUUCAACGGACUAUACAAAUUACGCAGGAAUAUUUUCUUGUCAAAAAAUACCUCUUGGUAAUAGACAUUCAGUGACGAUUUUAUCUAGAUCAAAAACUUUGGAUAAACAAUACGUCGAUAAGGUUCGCAAUCGCAUUUCUUCGAGCAACGUAAAUCCAUUUGACUUAACUAUCGUUGAUCAGAACAACUGUGCACAUCUUAACACAUCGAUGCGUGUGGAAAUCAAUGAUCAAACGUUCAGUUCACAGAACAUUGGUCAGGCGGUACGCAAAGUAGGAUCAAAAAUCGGCGAUGGUGUAGAGUAUGUGAUCGAAGGCGGAAAAAAAAUAAUCAAAACGGCGAGUAAAUCAGAUGAUACCAAAGACGAUCCUAACAGUGACGUCGAAUGGAUGCCAUAGAUAAAUAUCGUAAUUUGUAAUGACAACAUUGCAUAGUUAUGAACUAAGUAAAUUUUUUUUGUUGUAGUUAAUAAUCGGGAAUAUCUAUAUUUAUAUCUAUAUUUAAAUUACAACAAAUUUUCCCAUGACUGAUAAUCAAAAUAUAAUAAUUAAUAAUAAUAUAAUUUAGUACCUAUAUAGUUUAAUUUUUUUACUUUACAACUGCAGUUUGUAUAUUAGUUACGACUUACGGGUACGAUUUUAAUUAUUAAACUAUACAUUUUUGUAUCGAUAUUAAAUAUACAGAAUGAAAAGUAUAA